AUGUCCAAGCUCACUUCGUCGCACGUCCGCGAAAACGUCAAGGAACUUCUUAAGUACUCGACCGAGACCAAGAAGAGAAACUUCUUGGAAACCGUCGAACUCCAAGUCGGUCUUAAGAACUACGACCCCCAAAGAGACAAGCGUUUCUCGGGUACCUUGAAGCUCCCCCAAGUUCCCAGACCCAACAUGACCAUCUGCAUCUUCGGUGACGCCUUCGACGUCGACAGAGCCAAGUCGAUUGGUGUUGACGCCAUGUCGGUCGACGACUUGAAGAAGUUGAACAAGAACAAGAAGUUGAUCAAGAAGUUGGCCAAGAAGUACAACGCUUUCGUUGCCUCGGAAGUGUUGAUCAAGCAAAUCCCCAGAUUGCUCGGUCCCGGUUUGUCGAAGGCGGGUAAGUUCCCCACCCCCGUGUCGCACAACGACGACUUGUACGGUAAGGUUCAAGACGUCAAGUCCACCAUCAAGUUCCAAUUGAAGAAGGUGUUGUGCUUGGCCGUCGCCGUCGGCCACGUUGAGAUGGAAGAAGACGUCAUCGUCAACCAGAUCUUGAUGGCCGCCAACUUCUUGGUGUCGUUGUUGAAGAAGAACUGGCAAAACGUCGGUUCGUUGGUCAUCAAGUCGACCAUGGGCCCUUCGUUCAGAAUCUACUAA